CUCCCUCCACGGUCGCUGCUGCGCUCCACGCUCCGUGACUGAACCGGAGACGAGGCGUGGACGGGGGUCGUGGAAGCUCGUGCAGCGGGAAAAAUUCGGGGCACCGUGGACUCGAUGCGAUUCCAGCCGCUGUAGUAGUUAUAGAGUAGUGCAGGAGGAGAGUGGGGGGGAGCUGUGCGUCGAGCUGGACCGCAUGUGCUUCUCCUCCUCCGUGUGCGCCUGGAAAACUUGCGCUGCAGAAGAGCAAAACAAACGAGGAGCGGACUGACUAUAAAUAACCCUUUUCACCUUCGCUAUUUUGCGACCCCAUCCCGCGCUCUCACGUGCCUGUCCUGAGGAGAGCAGCGGCGGCGGAGCCUGGAGAUGUUUGAAUCCCCUCGCCGAGCAAGCACAAGCCCCCGCUAGAGAGGAAAAGUUCAAGCCGCCACUAUGGAGAGUCAAUCCAGCGAGCAGCCGAGCUGCGAGGACGUGCGCAAGAGCGGCUACCUCCGCAAGCACAAGUCCAUGCACCGGCGCUACUUCGUGCUCCGCGCCGCUUCGGAACGUGGUCCGGCCCGUCUGGAGUACUACGAGAGCGAGAAGAAAUUCCGUGGGAAGGCCCCCGUGCCCAAGAAAGCCGUGGCCCUGGAGACCUGCUUCAACAUCAACAAGCGCGCGGACGCCAAGAACAAGCACAUGAUCGUGCUCUACACCCGGGCCGAGAGUUUCGCCAUCGCCGCGGAGAACGAGGCGGACCAGGACGAGUGGUACCAGGCCAUGGUGGAGCUCCAGUGCAAAAGUAAGAACCCAACAGACGGUGGAGCCGCAGGAGACUAUGGUGUGCCAAAUCCUGGGCCUGCAUUCAAGGAGGUGUGGCAGGUUAAAGUGUGGCCGAAAGGCUUGGGUCAAGCGAAGAACCUGGUGGGCAUCUACCGCCUUUGCCUAACUGACAAGACGGUCAACUUUGUGAAACUCAACUCUGACGCCGCUGCAGUGGUGUUGCAGCUAAUGAACGUCAGGCGCUGCGGCCAUUCAGAAAACUUCUUUUUUGUUGAAGUGGGCCGCUCUGCUGUUACAGGUCCAGGAGAGUUCUGGAUGCAGGUGGAUGAUUCCGUGGUGGCCCAAAACAUGCACGAGACUUUGCUGGAAGCCAUGAAAGCGUUGAGUGAAGAGUUUCGCCAACGGAGCAAAUCCCAGUCAAACUCAGGUCCUGGAGGAGGAGCAACUGCCUCCAACCCCAUCAGUGUUCCUUCACGCCGUCACCACUCUAACCCUCCUCCCAGCCAAGUAGGCUUCGCCCGCCGGCCUCGAACAGAGCCACCUGCUGGAACUAAUAAUGUAGCAGGUGUAAACAGUGCCAAUGCAUCUCCGACUUCAAGACACAGCUAUUCUCGAUCUCGCACUGCGAGUGAUGGAGGUAAAGUUGAAGAGGGGGUGGCAGGAACUACUCCGCUUCCUGGAAUGAGUUCUAGUCCAUCCAUUAACAGUUCUUGCUCCACCACCCCAAUACUCAGGUCAAAAUCAGCCCGUUCAGCCCCCACUACUGCCACCAAAACUCCUAUUGGGCUAAUGCGCUCCAUCUCGACUCCAGCACCGUCUCCCGCCCCUAGUCUUUCCUCAAGCUCUGGUCAUGGGUCUGAGUUUGGAGGCAUAUCAUCUUCGUCCACUAUUGCAGGAUCUAGUGCUUAUAGUCGUGUUCCUUCACAUCGGGCCUCAGUUUCUGGGUCACCCAGUGAUUAUGGCUCCUCAGAUGAAUAUGGCUCAAGUCCAGGAGAUCACACACUUCUCCCGUCACCCAGCCUUCCAGGAAGUUCGGUGGGUAGUGCAGGAAGUCAGUCCCUUGGAGAGGAAGGUGCCAAUUAUAUUUUAAUGGGCCACCGUAGUGGUGCUGUCAGUGGUGGUAGUAAUUCAGGAAACUUGACCUCCAGCUCUUUGCCGUCUCCUGGUACUCCUGUCUCUGGCUCACUGACCCGGAGAGUUCUACGACGUUCAUCUAGUCGAGAGUGUGAAGCUGAACGCAGAUUACUAAGCAAGCGAGCUUCUUUACCUCCCAUGGCCCUUGAAAGGUUGGCACCACGUCAACGCAGAGGGGAAGAGCCUGCUGAAGAAGAGGCUGCGGACUAUGCCAUCAUGUCAAGGAGCAUUAGCCGUGAAUCUUUCUCUUCCACGUCUUCCUCCACACAAAGGGACUCUGUCUCAGGAGUGGUAUCCUCUUCUGGAGGAAGCGGUGGCGGGUACCUGGAUGUGGCAGGGGAGUUCAAAAAUGAUAAUAUUACAGGGACUGCUGUUAAUGUGGAUUUGGGUGUGGACAACGGCUACAUGUCGAUGCUACCUGGAGUGACUCAGACUCCAGGAACACUUUCCCAGUCCGUGGCAGUCUCCGUUCCUGAUUCAGAGCCCAAAUCUGGUGACGAUUACAUGGCGAUGACCCCUAACAACAGUGUGUCACCUCCACAGCAAAUUCGGCCUCUGCCAACUUCUGAUGGAUAUAUGAUAAUGUCUCCAAACAGCAGUUGCUCACCUGAUCAUCGAGGAGGCCUAGCUGGAGGGCCCUGGAUCGGCAGUGGCAGCUCAGAGAGCAGGGCAGGCAGUGACUAUAUGAACAUGUCACCAAUCAGUUCAAGGUCUGCAAAUGGUAGUCCCCCCCCUUCAGAGCACUCAAGUCAUUUGGAAAAUGGUUCCCAACAGCAAGUGCCAAAAAUGGUAUAUUCCUACUACUCUCUGCCACGGUCAUAUAAACACAAUCCCUCCUCGCGACAUUUUGACGAAGGCCGUGGAAGAAGGGCAAAUGGGACUAAUGGUAGAGGACUGAGUGGCGCCAAGACUCUUGGGCAUCCAGAUCAACUGCCUUGUAGCAACUCAAAGACAGGACGUCAACCGCCACUUUCCUCUUCUUCACAUUCCUCAAGCUCUGCCAGCAAUGAAAGCCUAGGAGAGAGUGAGGACACUGCCAACCAAUCAGUGGGUGCAGGGACCGGUGGAUGCAAGGACGGUAAUAAGCUACAGCAGAGACGCAGUUCUAGUAGUUUGUCAAACACUAGAAACAGACCGGUCAGCUUAUUUGUGGAUGUGUCUAAGGCGAACACACUUCCCCGGGUCCGUGAAAACCCCCUGCCUCCAGAACCUAAAAGCCCUGGAGAGUAUGUCAGCAUUGAGUUUAAGGGAGGAAAGAAUGCCCAACCUGGCUUUGCGGGAGGACAAGGUAGGGCUCCUAAGCCUGGCCACUCUCUUCCUCAAGGCAGUCAGAACUCUCAUCAAAAACCCAACACCAGUGUUGGGAACCUAAUUCCGCUUUCCCGCAGUCCAUCUGCUCCCAUCCCUCCUUCAGCUGCUUCAGAGUACGUCAAUAUGGAUAUGGGUCCUUCUCCUUCGCCCUCACCUCUAUCCCUCACCCCAAUAGUUUUCCCUGCUUUUCAUACUCCUCCGACACCACCUACUCUGGCUCUUGCCCCCCAAACACAUGAUGCAACAAAAGCUGUUCCUUGUGAGGAAGUGGCUGAAGCGACAGUUCCAAAAUGUAGAGAGAAGGUUCCAUCGGUGACCGAGUCGCCAACAUCGUGUGGGGACUACACUGUGAUGGCCUUUAGCUUGAGUAACAGCAACGACUUAAGGCCAGCUACAAGUGUCUCCCCCAAAGUUCCCUCCCCCACCAGGAAUGAUCCUCCUGCUACAUCACGAGGACUGGACUUUCCCUUGGCGAAACCAGGGCCAAACCCCGACCAUGGAGCCAAAGUUAUCCGUGCUGACCUCCAAGGACGUAGACGACACUGCUCAGAGACCUUUCUUCCGUCACCUUCCCUCCCCACCACUGCCUCGGCAUCUUCUUCUACCGCUUCGCUUUUCCCAGAGCAUGCCCAGACCGUUGCCCGCCGUCUGGGUUUUGAAGGUAUGAUUUGGGGCAAUGGUGCUGUAACUGAUAACCCAUCACAAUUCUGCCUCCCUGGACAGCAGGCUCUUACCCCGAAUUCUCAGACUCCCAUAACAGAACAGGGACUUAAUUACAUUGACUUGGAUCUCGCCAACAAGGAUUGUGCCCAUUCGGGACUAGAUGGACCCUCAGGUAGCCAAGCCCCUCCGCGUCUCUUUUCUGUGCUGAGUGGUGUUGGAGGAGUGGGUGCAGCGGUUGGCAGCAGCUCGAGUCUCAACACGUAUGCCAGCAUUGACUUCUACAAGUCAGAGGAGCUGCGGACACAUCAGAAUGGAAGUAAAGAGGGAACAGAGUGCUGAUGUCACUGCGGCGUCCUUGAAGAAACAACGCGGACCCAAAGCCUUGCCUGCUCCUUAAAGCGCGACUCAUCACGUGGCGAGGGCAGAUGGACUGUCCCAGAAGCAUUUAGAUGGAAGUGGAUGGAGUGUUUUCAUGUGACUAUGACCAUGCGUCUGAUCUUGUUGGUGGUGGAAACCAAUGAAGUGGUGCCAAAAUGACCUUUUUGAAAAGCUGCUUGCUGCUCUCGUUCCAGGAAUGGAAGCCAAUCAGAAGUGUAUAAAAUGACUCUUAUCAUGUAGAGUGCGAUGAAUAUUCAGUAUAUUGAACUCUAGUAUAAAUAACUGUAUACGUGUUUUAAGUGCCUCGUUUCAGAAUGUCGACAUCUGAUAAAGAACGUCGCUAAUGAAAGCAUUUAGUGGCAGCCUGGGGCGGUGGAUAGCGCGAGACGCCAUGUUCAUGAUGGUGGACUGAGGUUAAGGUAGAUUCCUGUACAUGCUGAACAGUAGUUGUGCAACAAAAAUCUCUCAUAGGUCCAUUCGUGAAAAUGUCAGUAGCAAGGUCCAGUCAGUGAUUCUCUCUCGAAACACAGGUAUGGGCUCGCCUCAUGUUUUUGAAUUAUAUAUGGUCAGAGUGACUGUCCUGCCAGGUACUCGAGCAUUUACCUCGACAUACAAGGGAUAAUACACAUUUCUAGUCCUCAGUCACGAAUCAAGUCAGUUUCAUGAAAGCAUUAGACUCUUGUCUUGUUUUUGUUGUUAAAGAAAAUACUCUGGAACAAGUACAAGAAAAUUUUUAUACGUCACGGUCAGACACUAGAAAACUUAGUUUUAAACGCUAAACAAAAAUAGAACCUGCAUUGACAAAUCAUUUGGAAAAUAGAUAGACGGAAAACCAUUUGCCUUUUUAAUGUGUAAACAGGUUUUUCUUUUGUAAACUUAAGACUUACUUCUAGAGGUCACUCAGUGAAGGACCGUAGCUGCUCAGGAUUCUUCAUUUUAAUGUUGGAGUCUUAACAGAAAUCGCUGACCACACGAUCGUACGUUAUUCAGUGAAACAUGAACUUGACGUUUGUGCUAGCACUGCUAAUGAGAUAGCAUUUUCUAGUAUUCUCUCUACUGUGAGAUUUUUUUAGGGUAGCUGCUGCUAGCAUUUGUUUACUAUUCUUCCCCUUCUGUCUCUUCUGUACUUGUGUACGACGUGGCCGUACAGUUUUUGAACAUAAAGGUACUUUAACCAGGGAUUUAAUGUGACCCACUAGUGAGUUAAACGAAGCUAGGUCAGACUAUUAGCUCUGUGCUAGAACGGACGUUUCUUUCCUGCCGAAAAUGGCUGAGCUCCACAGCAGCAAUACCCCCGUCAUAGAGCCGAGCAAUCCCAUUAGUGUUAUUAGCUUAGGACCAUCUUCUGUCUUAAUCCCCUUUAUCUCAGGACGCUAAACUACAUACGGUACACGCGGCGAUGACACGAAUAGAUGUAGCUAACGCUGGCUUCAGCAUUUACAGGGUUAAUCCUCUUGAGGCAGAAAGGUGCCGAACAUUUCAGAAGUGUUUAAACGCACCUCCUAUUCUUAUCAGACUUUUAUUUGAACUGUUGCUAUGCAGCAUUGAAGUGCCUGUCUGUUCCACUUCACCGUCUCUGUCUGGUCCAGUUUGUGAAUGGCUAUAAGAGAAGUGUCUGGAGGAGAUGUGGAUCACACAAACAGCCACGAUAGCCCUUCUGCCAAGUCACAUCUCCACAAGGUGGUCUGAACAAUGUGAGCCGAUUCAGCCCAAACCCCAGUGUUUGUUGGAAGUCUCACAGCUAAAUUUGAAACUAGGCUACAUAUUCCCACAGAUCCAUGUGACACUCAGAGUAGAGACCCUUGUUUCUACACUUCUGAAGCAGCCACUUGAUAUGGUUCCCUCGACUUUCUUUGGUUAUCUGUGAGGAGACCACACGAUUCAAUGACAGCUUUGGAACAACAGUGUACCUCAGACAGAGCGGACGUGGGCCUGGAAAGGGAAGUCACCGAUUAAACUGUUAGACCAAGAGGCAAACAAGUGACGGAUAAAUGGUGUGAUGAAGUUAAUGUUAACAUAACACGAGUCAAGUGGAGGAAAAGUUGCACGCGAGCAGUUUAUUUUAAGCAUUGGUGAAGACUAUGUCUGUCGCUUCACUCACAUCUCACAUGGUGCUUUUUGUUUUGACGCAGAUAUGCAGCAGGUUCAAAUCCCCCUCUUCUUCAAGCCACAUACAAACAGGUUUGUGUUUUAGCAGCUAGUGCGAUCAGGGCUACUUAUCGUGAAAUAUGUACUUGGAGUCUAUUUUUGUCUUAUCUGACUGUACAGUUCUUUGAAAAUGUUUAUCUGUGUCCAUGGUGAAAAUAAUGUAUUGACUGCCGCGGCCGGGAAGGAAAGAUAUCCUGCUUACCGAGGACCGAUGGGAUGGGGUCGCCUGUGCCAAAAUAUAGGACUGAAGAAACACUGUUGUUUCUGCCAGCGGGAUCGGAUGUAUUUUUCCCCAUUAAAGUUGGACCCACACACCCUCCUCUGGCGGGGGCCGGUGACAUGUCUCAGCCAGCGGACUGAUUUCUGUUUAUCGACGCAUGAAAAGAAAGAGAGCCGUCUUCAAACAUCUGCACAGCUUCAAAUUGUACUUGUGUGUUUGUCUGCAUGUGCUGUGAGGUCAUGUACUUCCUGAUCGUGAUCACAUGGCGACAUGUAUGAAUGCAAUGGGAACGGCACAAACUCACCUGGACCUGGUCAAAUGUGGGUGUGAGAGGCCGAAUUAUUUCUGUCAUGCUUUCUUUCUUAAUUCCUAGUUCUCAAGUGUUCAUCAAAGGAGCAGAACGACGUCGCUGCUGUUCGAAAAUUGGGUUUUUGUCUCUUUCUUGUGUUCCCUGAAGGGAAUAUUUGUGAGCUUUGCCAUUGUAUGAUGUAGACAGUUUUCUGUUGCCUGAAAGAAAAAAAUGGACUAAAAAGAAAGUUUUUUGCUUCUUCUUCUUUUGAAUAUGUGAAGGCUUUUGAUUCUUGUGAGUCAGCAAAGGAUCUUGUCUACAAACUUGUCAUGAUGCAAUUUCCAUAUGAGGAAGUAGGAUUUUAAACACUGCGCUAAUAGGCUUGACAAAAAUUGUCUAAUGCAGGAACAUGUGUGUGUGGAACACCGCAGACACUAGAGUCCUUGUUCCUUUCAUUUGCUCACACACAAAAACACACAUCUGUUGUGGCCACACAUAAAUAGCACAACGUUUAUGUGCGGAAAUGAGUCGUUUGUGACCAAAAUUGUUCCAGAUAAAAUCGCAUGACAAAUGCAGUUUGUUUGUCUUGUGUAGGUAUUCUUGAACCUUCUUUGUGAAAAUAAACUGCAGUUCCAAGUGCACCAAAUUAUGAAACAUUAAUCUAACACACAUUUAGCGCUAAUGGAAGCAAAACAAAAUGAUUUCCAUGGAGCAAAUUGCGGGAAAAUGCUUAUGUGAAUUUUAAAAUUACAGGAUUUAUUUAGAAUAUAUCUGACUUUUUAUAAAACAUGAGCUUACAGCUUUUAACUAGAUGGCGUUCUGAUAGACCCACGGUGAAGCAAACACAUCUUUUAUUCAUCUGAUGAUAUUGAAUACAGAGGUGUUGACAUCACUUAGGAAUAGCUGUCUGAACAUGACUGCAUUUGUCUCUUCUGAAUCACACACAAAUGCUCUACGCCACGAAAACACAGAGCGACGG